AGCUCCCUGUCCUCUAAUGGUUAGCGCAUGCGCAUUUGUAGCACUUUCACAAAACAAGAACGAGAAUGUUUGAUAACUCUGAAACACUUUUAUGAGUAGUGCGAUUUUGUUUCAUACUCGUACAGUGUGACGUCUGUUUCCAUUAUACAUUAAAUUUAAAACUGUAUAAGUAAGCUGGUGGACAAAAAUAUGGGUAUUCUGCUGUAUGAAAUGGAGUGCAGUCCUCCUUGUGCAGCUGUACGGAUGACGCUUGGACACCUGGGAAUCAAAUUUGAUCAAAAGUUUCUUGAUUAUUUUGCCGGUGCAUCUGAAUUUUUAAAGAUAAAUCCACAACAUACUGCACCUACUGUAGAUGACAAUGGCUUCAUUCUUUGGGAAAGCCGUGCUGUACAAUCGUAUUUGGUGGACAAAUAUGCUCCGGGCAAUCCAUUAUAUCCUAAAGAUGCCAAAGAAAGAGCCAUAGUAGAUAGGUUGCUCUAUUUUGAUAUCGGUACUCUCUACAAGACUUUAAUGGAUUAUCAGUAUCCUGUACUCUUCCUUGACCAGUCUCCCGACAGUGAAAAGAAAGAAGCUGCUGAUAAAGCUUUAGGAUUUCUGGAAGGAUUCCUCAGCCAAACUUCAUAUGUUGCUGGAAACCAUCUUACCAUUGCUGAUUUCUCAAUAUUUGCAAGUCUCAUUUUCCCUCACUUUUUUGACUAUGAUUUAACUGCAUUUCCUAAAGUAACUGCCUGGAUGAAGAAAAUGAAAUCAGAAGUUCCUGAGUACAAAGAGAUCAUCGAAACCCCAAUGACCAAAUUGAAGGAAAGCAUGAAGUCAGACAAACAAGCCUAAUUUUCAAUCUAUAUUUCGUUUCAUAAUUUGUAUUCAUUUUUCAUGCCCAAGUACAAAAGUUUACAGUACAAUUUUAUAACUUUUAUUUUUAUGUUCUUUUGUACAAUGUUGUUAUAAAUAAAUCUAAUUCUAUUUGA